AUGACGGAGCGACCGAAGCCAUUUCGCUUUUUGUUCAUGGACCGGGAAGACCCAGACAGCAAAAGCUGCCUUUGUGAUGGAACCACAUUCAGAACAGACCCUCAGAGGGGCCUUGUCCACGAUCUUUGGCUCGAAAUGGGAUCAACUGGAUAUCUUGAGAACGGCGACACCUUGACGUUCGCCCCGUGCCCGGCGCAUAUCCAUGCGAACAAGUACUACGACCUCCUCAUGGCCUUCCUUCGCAGCUGGUUCUACCAUGCUAAUACAAAGGAGUUCUGUGGAUUGGACAAAGAGUGGAUCGGCUACCGCAUUACAGUUGAUCGACUCUGUGAGCUUCUAGACUUGCCUAUCGACGACUGGACCCCAGACAUGGAUGCUCUUAUCACUAUGGUGGACUCUUUAUCGCUAAUUAAAGAUGUUCGCAAGGAUCUGCCUAUGGCCGAGGUGAAGCAGCUGCUCAGUUCUGGAGCGGACAACAUACAGCCCAUGUUCAGAGAGCACGUCCAGUUCUUAGCAGAGCGGCUUCCGGAGCAAGUUGAGGAUUACUCAGAAGAGACCCCUGAAGGGGACAGGUCGGAAUUUCACGAUGAAAUUUGCCAGCUUAUCAAAAACACCAGAACAUUCGCCGCUACCCUUACAGAGGAUGCCAGGUCAUGGCGCGUAAAUUGGCUAGAGCAGGUCCGGCAUCUGAACGACAACCCCCCCUACGUGGAUCCCAAUAAGAUCAAGGUGUUUGCAGCCAUGACAGACCACCUUGCGAGUGGAAACCAGGUUUUCCGCGAGCGAUUGCUCGAGUUUAGGGGUCAUAUCGAUCGCCUGGAGACACUAAUCUACGCGGACAUGUCAGGAGCAUCUAUAGAGGUCGCUGAAACAAUCUAA